AUGGCCGAAAGGGCUCUCGAAAAGGCCGAAGAGGCCAUCGCGGCCAACCACCACACUGAGCAGGCCGACCCUGCGUACCGAGCGUCUAUGGAUACCGAGUCGACCACCCAUGGUCCUAGCACUGAGCGACGUCACUCCAAGGCGCACCAUGAAGGUGUCUCGGUCGAGCAGGCUGAAGCUGAAUUUGCUGAGCUUCAGCGGGAGUUUACUGGUGUCUCCCGUGCCAGUCGUCGCAAGAGUGUAAAGAGUGUCGACCCUGAAAAGGACGGCGCUGAUGGCUCUGACGAAGUCUCCAUCUUUGAUCUCGAGGCCGCUCUUCGAGGUGGUCUUGAUGCUGAGAAGGAGGCCGGAAUCCGAUCCAAGCACAUCGGUGCUUACUGGGAUGGACUCACUGUCAAGGGUUACGGCGGCAUGUCCAACUUUGUCCCGACUUUCCCUGAUGCCUUUGUUGGCUUCUUCGACGUCAUCACCCCCGUGAUCCGCCUCCUCGGUCUUGGUCCCAAGCCCACUGAAGUUGCUCUGCUGGACAAGUUCCGUGGUGUCUGCAAGCCCGGUGAGAUGGUUCUCGUCUUGGGCAAGCCUGGCUCCGGAUGUACCACCUUCCUCAAGACCAUUGCCAACCAGCGAUAUGGAUACACUGGCGUUGAGGGAGAAGUCCUUUACGGACGAUGGACCAACAAGGAGUUUGACCAGUACCGUGGUGAGGCCGUCUAUAACGCCGAAGACGACAUUCACCACCCCACCCUGACUGUCGAGCAGACCCUCGGUUUCGCUCUCGACACCAAGAUGCCCGCCAAGCGACCCGGCGGCAUGUCUAAGGAAGAGUUCAAGGAGAGCGUCAUCUCCAUGCUGCUCAAGAUGUUCAACAUUGAGCACACCCGCAAGACGGUCGUGGGUGACCACUUUGUCCGCGGUGUUUCUGGAGGAGAGCGCAAGCGAGUCAGUAUCGCCGAGGGCAUGAUCACCAACGCUUGCAUUCUGUCCUGGGAUAACAGCACCCGUGGUCUGGACGCCAGUACUGCUCUCGACUUUGUCAAGUCUCUGCGUAUCCAGACCAACCUGUACAAGACCACCACCUUUGUCUCGCUCUACCAGGCCUCCGAGAAUAUUUACAAUCUUUUCGACAAGGUUAUGGUUAUCGACGAGGGUAAGCAGGUCUACUUUGGUCCUGCCACGACUGCCCGAAGCUACUUUGAGGGUCUCGGCUUCGCCCCCCGUCCCCGACAGACCAGCGCCGACUACCUCACUGGUUGCACCGACGAGUUCGAACGCGAGUACGCCCCUGGACGAUCCCCCGAUAACGCGCCUCACAGUCCUGUUACCUUGGAGGAGGCCUUCAACAAGUCGGACGCCAGCAAGGCUCUUGACGCUGAGAUGGCCGAGUACAAGGCCACUCUGCAGCAAGAGACCGACAAGCACAAUGACUUUCAGCUUGCUGUUACGGAGAGCAAGCGUGGAACCUCGAAGCGAUCUGUUUACCAGGUUGGCUUCCACCUGCAAGUCUGGGCCCUCAUGAAGCGCCAAUUCACCCUGAAGCUCCAGGACCGCUUCAACCUCUUCGUCGGAUGGUUCCGCAGCAUCGUCAUUGCUAUUGUUCUCGGAACCCUGUACCUCAACCUCGGCAAGACCUCUGCCAGUGCUUUUAGCAAGGGUGGUCUUUUGUUCAUCGCUCUCCUGUUCAACGCUUUCCAGGCCUUCUCCGAGCUUGCUGGUACAAUGACCGGCCGCGCCAUCGUCAACAAGCACAAAGCAUACGCCUUCCACCGACCCUCCGCCCUCUGGAUUGCACAGAUCUUUGUUGAUCAGGCAUUUGCAGCUAGUCAGAUUUUGAUUUUCUCAAUCAUUGUCUACUUUAUGACUGGGCUGGUGCGUGACGCCGGCGCGUUCUUCACCUUCUACCUCAUGAUCCUCUCCGGCAACAUCGCCAUGACGCUCUUUUUCAGAAUUCUUGGCUGUAUCAGCCCUGAUUUUGACUCAGCUAUUAAGCUUGCGGUAAUUAUUAUAACGCUAUUCGUUACAACAUCAGGAUAUAUCAUCCAGUAUCAGUCUGAGAAGGUCUGGUUGCGUUGGAUCUACUGGAUCAAUGCAUUGGGUUUGGCGUUUUCCAGUAUGAUGCAGAACGAAUUUAGCCGAAUCGAUAUGACAUGUACCGCCGACUCACUCAUUCCUUCUGGCCCUGGUUACGACGAUAUCAACUACCAGGUCUGCACCCUUCCCGGUUCUCGUGGCGGCACCACCUUUGUUUCUGGAAGCGACUACAUUGCCCAGGGUUUCUCCUACUUCCCCGGAGACCUCUGGCGCAACUGGGGAAUCAUCAUGGCUCUCAUCAUCUUCUUCCUCAUCCUCAACGUUGUGUUGGGUGAAUUUGUCACUUUCGGUAUGGGCGGAGUCGGCAUCAAGGUUUAUAACAAGCCCAACAAGGAGCGUACCGCGCUCAACGAGAAGCUCCUCGAAAAGCGUGAGGCUAAGCGCAAGGACAAGUCUAAUGAGAGCGGUGCUGAGCUCAAGAUUGAGUCUGAGAGCAUCCUCACCUGGGAGAACCUCAACUACGAUGUCCCUGUUCCUGGCGGCACUCGACGACUUCUCAACAAUGUCUUUGGUUACGUUCGACCCGGUGAGCUGACUGCUCUUAUGGGAGCUUCUGGCGCUGGAAAGACUACCCUUCUUGAUGUGUUGGCCGCUCGCAAGAACAUUGGUGUUAUUACUGGAGAUGUCCUCGUCGAUGCCGUUAAGCCCGGAAAGCAGUUCCAGCGUUCCACCUCAUAUGCUGAGCAGCUUGAUCUUCACGAGCCUACCCAAACCGUCCGCGAAGCCCUCCGAUUCUCUGCCGAGCUCCGUCAACCAUACCAUGUUCCUAUGGCCGAGCGCUACGCCUAUGUCGAGGAGAUCAUUUCCCUCCUUGAGAUGGAGACCAUCGCCGACUGCAUCAUCGGAGCUGCCGAGUUUGGUCUUACCGUCGAGCAGCGUAAGCGUGUGACAAUUGGUGUUGAACUUGCUGCCAAGCCUGAGCUGCUUCUCUUCCUCGAUGAGCCUACUUCCGGUCUGGACAGCCAGAGCGCCUUCAACAUUGUUCGAUUCCUCAAGAAGCUUGCUUCCUCUGGACAGGCUAUUCUCUGCACCAUCCACCAGCCCAACGCCGCCCUGUUUGAGAACUUCGACCGUCUCCUUCUCCUCCAGCGUGGAGGCCGCACCGUCUACUUUGGUGACAUUGGCAAGGAUGCUUGCGUCCUCCGAGACUAUCUCAAGAGCCACGGAGCCGAGGCCGGUCCUACUGACAACGUCGCUGAGUACAUGCUCGAGGCCAUUGGUGCUGGUAGCGCUCCUCGCGUUGGUAACCGUGACUGGGCUGACAUCUGGGAGGAGAGUCCUGAGCUGGCGGAAACCAAGGAGGCCAUCAUCCGGAUGAAGAGAGAGCGAGAGGCUGCUGGUAACCAGGCCAACCCUGAGCUUGAGAAGGAGUAUGCCUCGCCUAUGAGCCAUCAGCUCAAGGUUGUGUCUCGACGCAUGUUCCGUUCCUUCUGGCGCUCGCCCAACUACCUCUUCACCCGUGUUUUUAGCCACGUCGCUGUCGCUCUCAUCACCGGUCUGACCUAUCUCAACCUGGAUGACUCUCGAUCUUCGCUUCAGUACAGGGUCUUUGUCAUCUUCCAGGUGACUGUCCUGCCUGCUCUGAUCAUCACCCAGGUCGAGGUCAUGUUCCACAUCAAGCGCGCCCUGUUCUUCCGAGAGUCCUCGUCCAAGAUGUACUCGCCAUUCAGCUUUGUCGUGUCCAUCAUCACCGCUGAGAUGCCUUACUCGAUUCUCUGCGCUGUCGCCUUCUUCCUGCCCCUGUACUACAUGCCCGGCUUUCAGACCGAGUCUUCCCGCGCGGGUUACCAGUUCUUCAUGGUUCUCAUCACUGAAGUCUUUGCUGUCACCCUUGGCCAGGGUCUCGCGUCCAUCACCCCCUCGCCCUUCAUCUCUGCUCAGUUCGACCCCUUCAUCAUCAUCAACUUCGCCCUCUUCUGCGGUGUCACCAUUCCUCCCCCGCAGAUGCCCGGUUUCUGGCGCGCCUGGUUGUACCAGUUGGACCCCUUUACCCGUCUCAUCGGCGGCAUGGUGACGACUGCGCUGCACGACCUUCCCGUCGUCUGCAAGCAAGGCGAGCUGAACCCCUUCACAGCUCCCGAGAACACCACUUGCGGCGAGUACAUGGAGCCCUUCUUCGCCAACGGCGGUUCUGGAUAUCUCAUCAACAACAACACGCGCGAGUGUGAGUACUGCGCCUACAAGGUCGGCGACGAGUUCUACAGCACCUUUAACCUGUCUUUCGACAACCGCUGGAGAGACCUGGGAAUUUACCUCUGCUUCAUCGGAAGCAACAUCAUUAUUCUCCUCCUGGGUAGUCGAUUCCUCAACUUUAACCGACGUUGA